CUUGGCACAUCCCUAACGUUUUUCCAAUAAGAUUUGGCGUGAACAUUUUUAUCAAUAUUAAUACGCGAAACCAUUUUAAAGCCAAUAAGAACUACCAGCAAUGCAACGGAAAAUGCUGGACACUGUGAUUUUGUGAAUCAAUUCGAAAUCGUCGAAAAACAAAGGAAAUUCCUUGGGAAAACCAAUCAAUUUAAAACGCUGUGCAAACAGGUUCAGGAUCACCAGCCCAGUUGCACAUUGUGAGUGAUCCACCGCUGCUCCCCACACACACACGCAAGGACAUCGCACGGAGGACCGAGGAGCGGCAGGAUCAGGAUCAGGAUCGGGAUUAGGACCAGGACUUAGAGCAGGCGAUUCUACGACCAUGUUCACGGGCAAGCUGCAGAUCAAGGUGUGCGAGGCGAGCGGCCUGCGACCCACAGACUUCCAGAAGCGCCACAAUCUCACCUUCGGCAAACUGGCCGACGAGCAGCUCAUCGAUCCCUAUGUCUCCAUAGAUGUCGACGAGAGUCACUUUGAUCGAGCCACCACACGGCCAAAGACAUUUGAUCCCGUUUGGAACGAACAGUUCGUCCACGACGUGACCAAUGUUAGCAACAUCAACUUGACCGUCUUUCAUGAUGCCGCUCUGCCGCCAGAUGACUUUGUGGCCAACUGCAUCAUCUCCUUCGAGGACCUCAUGCAGAGCGAGACGGCUGUGCAAGAUCUAUGGGUUAACUUGGAGCCCCAGGGAAAGAUUCACGUCAUCAUUGAGCUGAAGAAUCGUACUGAUAAAGCCAAAGCUGAGGCUGUGGUGGAGCACACCGUGGCCGUCAACAAGGAGUUCAAAGAGCGAGCUGGAUUCAACCGCCGUCGCGGUGCCAUGCGUCGUCGUGUCCAUCAGGUGAAUGGCCACAAGUUCAUGGCAACGUUUUUGCGUCAACCCACCUUCUGUUCGCAUUGCCGCGAGUUUAUCUGGGGAAUUGGUAAACAAGGCUAUCAAUGUCAAGUCUGCACGUUAGUUGUACAUAAAAAAUGUCACCUGUCCGUGGUGUCCAAGUGUCCGGGCAUGCGAGAUGAGCAAACCAAAGUGGAGGUGGUGCCGGCGGGCCAGAGAUUCAAUGUGAACGUGCCGCAUCGGUUUGUGGUGCACAGCUACAAGCGGUUCACCUUCUGCGACCACUGCGGAUCCCUACUAUAUGGCCUGAUAAAGCAGGGACUGCAGUGCGAGACCUGCGGGAUGAACGUGCACAAGCGGUGCCAGAAGAACGUGGCCAAUACGUGUGGCAUCAACACGAAGCAGAUGGCCGAGAUCCUCAGUUCGCUGGGCAUUUCGCCGGACAAGCAGCAGCCGCGUCGCUCCAAGUACUUGAACCAGCAGGGCGGCGAGGAUAACUACGGUGCCUCCUUGGGCGGCGACGGCGACGGGGCACCGGGCCAGUCAUUCCGCAGCGGCGCCCUGUCGGCGGACAGCUUGGCCAACUCGACGACGACGCUGACCAGCGGCUACAAUAGCAGCAGCUGUAUGAGCCUGGCGGUGGGCGGAUCGGGAGGAGGCGGCGUGGGCGGGGGCGGGGCCACCGGAGAGACUCGACCCGGCAAGUGCUCCUUGCUGGACUUCAAUUUCAUCAAGGUUCUGGGCAAGGGCUCCUUCGGCAAGGUGAUGCUAGCCGAGAAGAAGGGCACCGACGAGAUUUAUGCCAUCAAGGUGCUCAAGAAGGACGCAAUCAUCCAGGACGACGACGUCGAUUGCACCAUGACCGAGAAGCGCAUCCUGGCGCUGGCCGCCAACCAUCCCUUCCUGACUGCGUUACAUUCCUGUUUCCAGACCCCGGACCGCCUGUUCUUCGUGAUGGAGUACGUGAACGGGGGCGAUCUGAUGUUCCAGAUCCAGAAGGCGCGUCGCUUCGAGGCCUCGCGCGCCGCCUUCUAUGCGGCGGAGGUCACCCUGGCGCUGCAGUUCCUCCACACCCACGGCGUCAUCUACCGCGACCUGAAGCUGGACAACAUCCUGCUCGACCAGGAGGGCCACUGCAAGCUGGCCGACUUCGGGAUGUGCAAGGAGGGCAUCAUGAACGGCAUGCUGACCACCACCUUCUGCGGCACCCCCGACUACAUCGCCCCGGAGAUCCUCAAGGAGCAGGAGUACGGCGCCUCCGUCGACUGGUGGGCGCUGGGCGUCCUCAUGUACGAGAUGAUGGCCGGCCAGCCGCCGUUCGAGGCCGACAACGAGGACGAGCUCUUCGACUCCAUCAUGCACGACGACGUCCUCUAUCCGGUGUGGCUGUCCCGCGAGGCCGUCUCCAUACUAAAGGGUUUUCUCACCAAGAAUCCGGAGCAGCGACUGGGUUGCACUGGCGAUGAGAACGAGAUACGCAAGCAUCCAUUUUUCAACAAGCUGGACUGGAAGGAGCUGGAGAAGCGCAACAUAAAGCCACCAUUCCGACCGAAAAUGAAAAACCCACGCGAUGCCAACAACUUCGAUGCGGAGUUCACCAAGGAGGAUCCUGUACUCACACCGAUCGGAAACGACGUGGUGCGCAGCAUCAACCAGGACGAGUUCGCCGGCUUCUCGUUUGUGAAUCCCAAAUUCGGUCCGGAACGCAAAGUCUACUAAGCGCCAGCGAUUGCAGUUCAUGUUCACCUACCAGUUUGAUUGGUCGCGAUGCGAUCUGGAGCCCCAAAAGGGAUUGGGUGGAAUCAGCUCAGCGGGGCUGGCCAACCGGAUCGUCAUCCAGCGUGUAGCGCAUCCCCUAGCACAAGCAGUCUAAUAUUUUCAUUUAUUACUAUAAAUCCCCCCCAUCCCCAUUGUUGUCUGUUUCCAGCCGUAGGAGGUCCUAGUUUCGUUACCGGUCCUGUGUGUAGAUCACUCAUCCAGAACAUCCAACAACCAGUGCCAAUUGUCGAAACUGCUAAGCUUCAACGUGAAUUAAAAGCGCACAAGGACGCGAAUUCUUCAGCUCCUGUCAACCGAACUUCCCACUUGCCCCCGCCCCCUUCCCGCCCAGAAACCUUAACCGCUUUAAGCUCCACACCUGUUGGAAUCUAUUUAUGUUGUUUGCCAAGCCCCGAAAAACAAAAACCAACACAAAAAAAAAAAAAGAGGAAACCCCCACCCAUCUAGUCAAUGCCCAGUGGCUGAGUGCAUUUUGUUAUUAGUUAUUUAUUGAUUGUUUGACGUGCCGAAUCUCAAGUUUCGCACUCACAGACCGACAGCAGCAUCCAAGCAGAGCUCUAUUUAUGGGAGGCGAGGCACUUGCUCCAAGCGAAUCUCAAGGGAAUUUCUAACACAAUAGCCGCAAUGUGCCGUCUGUACUACACACACACACACCCAUACGACCACAUAAAUCUAAUUUCUAUUUGUUUUAUGUAUUCGAAAUCUUGCACAACUUCCUUCUCAAGUAUUAAAGCGAUAUUAUUUUAAAAUUACCUUAUUGUUAUACAUAAAUAUUUAUAAAAAUGAAAAAACAAAAAAGAAAAUGAAGCCAAAAAACCCCCAAUACAAACGCAUACAAUUUACCAACAAAGAGAAAGUAAAGCUAACUAAUCAUAGAGAUAACGCUAAACCUUACAAAGAGAAUGUCUAUAAAAUUCAUAUUAAUUUAUGCUAAAAAAAAAACUAUGAAUUAUGAAUACCAGAAACAAAACGUGUUUAGUCCGUAAGCAAAAGAAGAGAACAAACAAAUUAUAUAUAUAAAAAACAAAACAAAUAUAUAUAUGAACCAUAUAAAUUGUGAAGCUAAAGGCAUGCAUAAUACACACAAAUGAAAAACCCACAAAAAAUACUUAGCGUAAUGAGGAAAAGCCGAACAAAAAAUAUUAUAAAAACGUGUGGCAUAGAAAGUUAGGAGACAAAACAAUAUUACCGUGUAUGUGUUGAUUUUAAAGCCAAAGACUCAAAAGCUAAGUUCUAUUCGAAAUUAACUGCAUUGAAGUUCUAGCAUAAAUGUUAUUGGUAUCCUUUAAAUAUUACGACUAUUUAUUAUUUACUCCAUAGCAAACACUUCUGUUUCCGUUUCGUUCUCAGUCUACCACAGCAAAUGGAAUUAUGCUAAAAUAAAUCAUGAAUGAAUAUAUAAUAAUAACAAUAUUUAUAAAGAAAGAAUAGAGCGAAGGACGGAUAACAGAAGAUUUAUUAACUAUAAGCAGCGUUGUUAACUAAAAAUCGUAAGGCAAAGGCAAGCAUAAACACACAUUUGUAUGUAAUAAUAAACGCCCAGUGUCUAAUAAUAUUUGUGAAAUAGCAAGCCCAGCUAGUUACCCAUUUACAAUUUAAAUGUUAACCCAAAGUAUUUUCAAGAACGCAUUUUACCAAAAAAAAAAAAACAACAACAAAUAACAAGCAAAAAUAAAAAAUACGAAGAAUUGAGGGAGGAUUAUAGGCAAAAUGUUGAAAGCUAUGAAUAAUUUUUUAAGCAAUGCGCUCAAGGGCCUUUGCAAGGAUAGAGGCGCGUAUUCAAUUAAAAAUAAAUGAGAAAGUAUAAAAACAAGCAAAUCCAAGUAAAACUCCAGCCAACAAAAUGAACUCAUAUGGACAUAGAUAUAGAUCCUUGAUCCGGAUCGGGAAAUGGUCAAGGAAAGGGCUGAAUUCGCCAAGGGUUGAACAGAAAAAAGGGUAAAUAUAAUAGGAGAGAAACAGAAAAGGGAUUAGAACAAAUCGCGUGACCGUAACCUGACAAACAAACGUUAAAGUUAUAGGAAAAUGUGCAACCAAAAAUGUUAGCUAUAAGCUCUCACCAAAUACGCAAAGCUGAAUGCUCCCCCGCGCCCGCUGUUGUCUCCAUCUACUUACUAAAGCCCCCGAAAAUCGUAUAGUAAAUAUAUAUCAUGGCUUGCCAAAACUAAACUCUGAAUGUACUCACUCGAUCAGCUUAGCUAACUUUUUCUGGAGCCGCGCAGCUCAAGCAAAACACACACCCACUUACAUAUGUGCAACUUUUUCAUGUACCUUUCGCAUCUUAGAUACUUAAAUGGAUUAUUAACGGAAGCCCCAAUAAAUUGUUAACUGAUCUAAGGCAAAACUACACGCAAACUACUAAGAAGAUAUACUGAAUUAUUUAUGGAACGGCGUACAAAACUAGAGCGCAACAAGAGGAGUUAGGAGGAGGAUUAGAAUGUGACGGAAUCAUUGCAAGAGUAAUAAUCAUAAACAGAAAGUAUUCAGAAAAAACACGCAGACACAAAGAGCACACACAAAGCAGAUGAAAAACCAAAAAACAAACUAAAACUGAGAAAAAACGGCAUAAAUAAAGUUUAAGUUAUGUUUAAACAAGAGAUAAAUAACUGUAACGGUAAAGUCGAAAGUCAACAGUUGAUAUGUUGUAAAAAAGCUAUUAAAUAAAAAGAAAAAAUCCAAAAAAAGAAAAGAUUACCAAGGCAGGCAAGUGAGCGUAAUUGAAUGUUAAAGAAGCUACUAAAUAAAUGGUAUGAGCAGAUGUGUGCAAAGAUAACCAAAGAAAGCAAAAUUGAAAACAAGAAAAAUUGAUUUAUAACAUUAAGUGAAAACUAAUUAAUAAAUAAAGAGGUAACACCUAUGAAAAAUGUAA